AUGUCCUACACCUCUUUCGCUCUCGUUGGCGCCGGCACCGUUGGCUAUGGCAUCGUCGCUGGCCUCGCAGCGAAGAAUGUACCAAUAGUUGUGCUCUCUCGCCCGGGAUCCAAGAAUCUAGAAGAACUUCCAGCAGGCGCAAAGUCUGAAGUCGUAGACACCACUGAUACUGACGCGGUUGCGGCGAUAUUCAAGAAGCACAAGGUCGAUGUCGUUCUCGCAACAUUGACAACUACAGCAAACAAGGCGCAAUACCCCCUCAUCGACGCAGCCAAGGCGGCUGGCGUGAAGCUAUUUGUGCCCUCUGAGUAUGGGAUGCCGACCGAGGGCCAGACAGAGGGCAUUCUUGGUGAAAAGAAUGAUGUCGCGGCGUAUGCGAAGAAGAGCGGGAUUCCCUCUCUCCGAGUCUUCGCUGGCGGUUUCGUCGAGUACAUCCCCUGGCUGUUUACCUACACCGAGAACAAGAAGAUCAACGUUGUCGGGGAAGGCGACGUCGCAGCAAGCUACAACGCCGUUGCCGAUGUCAUCGGCUUUGUCGUGCAUGUUCUCACCACGCUGCCUCCGGCAGAGCUGGAGGACAAGAUCUUCCGCAUCGAGGGUGACCGGAAGAGACCAAGCGAGAUUGCGGCCUUGCUCAACACGACCAUUGAGCGGGUCGAUAAAAUGCCUGGUGAGCUCAGCGAGCUCAGGACGGGCCUCUCAAUAGCCUUUUCAUCUGGCGCUGGAAGCACGGGUUGGGAUGCAGUGAACAAGACAGAGGGGACGGGAGAUGCCGCAGCGGGAAGCGCCAAUAAACUUUGGCCAGGGCACAGCUGGCAGACAAUCAAGCAAGUCCAUAAUCUGUGA